AUGAAGGCCUUCCGCAUCUCACGUGCCCCGGCUGCCGCCGGCGACGCCGCCUUCGACCCCUUCGCAAAACUUGUCUUCGAGCCCGCGCUCGAGUCGGACGAGCUGUUUGACGCCCUCAGGGAGUCCUAUCCCGCACUUAAGACGCAUACCGAGAGAAAGAAGCAGGCUGUCCUGGACUUCCUGAUGGAGGAGCGCCGGGCCAUCGAGCAAGAGAUUACCGCCUUUGUCCAGCACACGGGCACUCCCGCUCCCCAGCCUGAGGCUUGCUGCUCGGCCAGGCCCUCUCCCGUGUUCUCGACGAGCUCCAGCCUUGAUCUGCGCAAGCUCUCGACCUCGAAUUCGUCUUCCAGCUCCUCGACCCGUAGUGCAGGAUCCAGCCCCGAGACCUUGUCUCUCAAGGACAUGACCUCGGUCUGGACAGCCGCCGGCCAUGGCAAGCCUAAGAUCCACACGCGGAGGUCGAUGACCACUAAGGAAAAGGAGGAGUACCGGCGGAGACGGCAGAUGAAGGCAUGCAAAGAGUGCCGUUCUCGGAAGCGGAAGUGCAACCACGACCCUUCUGAUGCCUCAUCUGCCGCCUCCUCACGAUCUGAUGCGAAAGUAAAGAAGCGAACGUCUACAGUCGCCUCAUCGCAUCCGCCUCCUUCUCAACAAUCCUUUCUGAGCCAUGAGUUCGACAGCGCCUCGUUUCUCGCCGACUCCACCUUCUCCACCACCGACAGCCCUCUCGACUUCCUCGACUUGUCUCCGGCUACCGGAACUGAGGGGUCCUUCGACGACUUCCUCCUGCUCCCUCAGGACGACUUCUCCUCUAUCGACUUCGCCACCGAUCCUCUCUUCCAGCCCGUUCCACAGUCGUUCGCCUAUGAUCCCUUCAUUGAGCCACAGCAGUCACAGCAACACUACGCACCCUCAACCGGUUCAAGAUCACCAGCUUCCACCUACCAAUCAUCUGGAAUGUCGAGGUCGGGCUCCAACGCACAUGCGCUGGACACCUCACAGACUUGGAGCUUUGAUCUAGAUCCCAUAGUCGCCAACAGUUCAACCAUCCUCGACACAGACAUUUACCACCAGACAGUCAUCGCACUCACUUGA